CAGAUCGUUUUGAUCGAGACAUUGGAGAGAGGAGGGAGAUAGACUUCUGUUGAGCCUGAAGAAUCAAGGAGAGCCCUCGUGCUUUGCGUGACAUUUAGAACAAGUUAGAAAAAACAUCAAAGGUUUCUAAAAGAUAGAACAGCCCUCUCAGCCCAUCCCUGUAGCCACAGGACCAUGUGCCAGUGAUGACUAGCUGUUGUAUCCCAGAGGCCCACCUUGGCAGUUAGAGGAAAGGCUCCGCCCCCAUCACCAUGACAGCAGCGUUGCCACGGAACGCUGCCCCCCUGUCUGUGCCUGGCCUGUUGCUCCUCCCCCUGCUUCUGCUGCCCCUCCCCAUCGCACUGUCCCAGAAACCCAUGCUGCCCUCCCCACCCGCCCCCACGCCCGCCCCCCAGUACCUAUCCCGGCCGGAGUGUACCCGGAGAGAACACCCUGUGGUCACCUUCCAAGCCCUGAGUCCUUGGAUCACUAUAUUCUCCCACCCGGAUGUGAGAGACUACUCUCAACUGACCCUUGACCUGACCAGGAAUGAGUUGAUAGUGGGGGCAAGAAACUUCCUCUUCAGAUUGAGCCUCAACAAUGUGUCUCUCAUCCAGGCAACGGAAUGGGGUCCAGACGAUGACACCAGGAGGUCCUGUCAGAGCAAAGGGAAGACGGAGGUGGAGUGUCAGAACUACAUCCGCGUCCUGCUGGUCAAUAAGACUGAGGUCAUUACCUGUGGAACCAACGCUUUCCAGCCCCUCUGUAUCACCCGGGAGGUUGGGAAUAUGAGUAGUGUGUUGGAUCGCGUGAACGGUGUGGCAAGGUGCCCCUACGACCCUCGCCAUAACUCCACGGCGGUGGUGACGGAGAGCGGCGAACUAUAUGCCGCCACGGUCAUCGACUUCUCUGGUCGCGACCCUGUCAUCUACCGGAGCCUGGGGGGCAUGCCACCCCUCAGGACGGCCCAGUACAACUCCAAGUGGCUCAAUGAGCCCCAUUUCAUCUCAGCCUAUGAUGUGGGUCUCUUCACAUUCUUCUUCCUGCGUGAGAACGCUGUGGAACACGACUGUGGGAAGACCGUCUACUCCCGGGUGGCCCGCGUCUGUAAGAAUGACAUCGGAGGGCGGUUCCUACUGGAAGACACCUGGACCACCUUCAUGAAGGCCAGGCUGAACUGCUCGCGCUCCGGAGAGUUCCCCUUCUACUAUAAUGAGCUGCAGAGCACCUUCUAUCUGCCUGAACAAGACCUCAUCUACGGGAUAUUCACCACCAAUGUGAACAGUAUAGCAGCGUCUGCAGUGUGUGCGUUUAACCUCAGCUCCAUCACCCAGGCCUUCAAUGGACCCUUCCGUUCCCAGGAGAACCCCCGCUCUACCUGGCUGCCCACCCCCAACCCCAUCCCCAACUUUCAGUGUGGUACCAUAGAUGACGACGGCGGUCCUAACGAUGGUCUGACGGAGCGCAGCCUCCAGGACGCCCAGCGGCUGUACCUGAUGAAUGACGUGGUGCAGCCCGUCUCUGUGGACCCCUUGGUCAUGCAGGAUGACGUGCGCUUCUCCAGGCUGGUGGUGGACAUCGUACAGGGUCACGACACACUCUACCAUGUCAUGUACAUUGGCACAGAGUACGGCACCAUCCUGAAGGCUCUUGCGACCACCAAUAAGAGCCUUCAAGGGUGUUACCUGGAGGAGAUCCAACUCUUCCCCGCUGGGGUGCAGGAGCCAAUCUUGAGCCUGCAGAUCCUUCAAAGUGAUAGGUCACUGUUUGUAGGACUCAACAACAAAGUUCUGAAGAUCCCUCUGGAGAGAUGCUCCAACUACAAGACUGAGAUGCUAUGCCUGGAGGCCCGGGACCCAUAUUGUGGCUGGGACAGGAAACAGAGGCGAUGCACCACCCUGGAGGAUAGCUCUAACAUGAGCCAGUGGAGUCAGAACAUCACUGUGUGUCCGCUGAGGAACCAGAUCACCAUUGGCGGCUUUGGACCCUGGGCAGCGUGGCAACAAUGCAGCAACGACGACGGCGAAGGCACCAGCACCUGUCUGUGUCGCUCCAGGGAGUGUGACAACCCUCCAGCUCGCUGUGGUGGGAGGAACUGUGAAGGGCCCACCAUCGAAGUCUCCAACUGUUCCAGAAACGGAGGCUGGACCCCCUGGUCGUCAUGGGGACAGUGCAGCACCACCUGUGGAACGGGGUUUGAGAUGCGCCAGCGCUCCUGCAACAACCCGUCGCCCCGUCACGGUGGUCGCGUGUGUGUGGGCCCCGUCAGGGACGAAAGGUUCUGUAACGAGGGUGUGUCAUGUCCCCAGCCUAUCUUCUGGUCCCCGUGGGGUUCUUGGACUAAGUGCAGUGCUGAGUGUGGAGGUGGGGUCCACUCCAGGGUCAGGAGCUGUGAGAAUGGGAACAGCUGCCCAGGCUGCGCACUGGAGUACAAGGCGUGUAACCUGGAGGCAUGUCCAGAGGUAAAGAGGAACACCCCCUGGACCCCGUGGAUGCCCAUCAACGUGACCCAGGGCGGGGCACGCCAGGAGCAGAGGAUGCGCUACAUGUGCCGCGCCCAGCUGGCAGACCCCCACGAGCUGCAGAUCGGACGACGCAAGGUAGAGACCCGCUUCUGCCCCAACGACGGCACGGUUGCCUGCGAGACCGACACUCUAGUGGAGGACCUCCUGAGGACCCCUGUGGUACGAGUGGCAGGCGCCGACUGGUCGUCAUGGGAGACGUGGUCCGCCUGCUCCCAGGACUGUGCCAAAGGGUACCGCACCCGCAAGCGCACCUGUACCACCCCAGAGGGCAAGGCUGCCCCGCCAGCCUGCAGGGGCUCACCCGUGGAGUACCAGGACUGCAACUCUCAGGCCUGCCAAGUGAGUGGAGCCUGGUCGUGUUGGUCGUCCUGGUCUCAGUGUUCAGUGCCCUGUGGUGGAGGGCACUACCAGCGUACCCGCUCCUGUAACAACCCCAGCCCUGGCAACGGAGGAGAUAUCUGUAUUGGUCUACACACUGAGGAAGCGCUGUGCAACACACACACCUGUGAUGGCGGCUGGAUGGCCUGGUCUCUGUGGUCAGUGUGUAACAAUGCAGGGCUGCAGGUACGCAGCAGGGUCUGUGGAGCUCAAGGCUCAUCCCCCUGUGUGGGAAACAGCACCGAGCACAGGGACUGCAAUGAGAUCCCAGUGAUUCUCCCUGCGUCUGGCUUUGAUAAGGACCAGCAAUGCGGAGCAUUCACCUCGCUGCACCUGAUAGCCACAGGCGUGUCCUGUUUCCUGGGGGCGGGCCUUCUGUCCUUUCUGGCCUACGUGUAUAGCCAGCGCUUCCACAAGCCCUCGCAGGAAUCCGCUGUCAUACACCCCACCACACCCAACCACCUCAACUACAAGGGCAACACUACACCAAAGAACGAGAAGUACACGCCCAUGGAGUUCAAGGUAUUGUCACAGACUCUGAACAAGAAUAACCUGCUCCCAGAUGAGAGGUCUAACUUCUACCCAACGCCCCUGCAGCAGACUAACAUGUACACCACCACCUACUACCCCACAGCGCUGGGCAAAUAUGACUACAACAGGCCUGACUCCUCCCCUUCCCCCUGCAGGACCUAUAACAACAGCUGAGACACCCCGCCCCCAACCCCAUGGCCCCCGGCACCGCCCACCCAGACUGAACUGAACUCCACCCCAAUCACAAUGGUGACAGAUGGAAUGGUGACUGAACCCAUCCAUUUUUGCUCCCCCCUCCUUUAUCCCAUGGUAUCUACCAAAUGGUGAGGGGGGUGUAAGGGUAUACCUGGAACAUACACUCUGUAGAGGUGCUGAUGCCUCCAUUAGACUCGCUAAGUAGAGCCAGGAAUUUGAUCAUAGUUUGGGGUAUAUUUUGGGGGGUGUGAGUACUGGAUAUCACAGUGUCAACGUAGUGCUUCGGUGGAGAGAUAAAUGAUGAACUCUAUAAGACACUAUAAGCUACAGUAUGGAGUUGAACUACUUAUCCCUGUGGAACUUGACAACCUGAGCGCCUUACUGUAGGUGUUGCUAUCCAGAGAGGCUAGAGUUGGCCAUAGGAGAAAACUCUCUUCCCUGGUCUGUCUGCUCACCUCUAUGAUUGAGUCUCUUUUUUUAUUUAAUUUCUUUUUUUUACUCUCUUUUUCUCCCCAAUUUUCAAUCUUGUCUCAUCGCUGCAACUCCCCAACGGGCUCAGGAGAGGCAAAGGUUGAGUCAUGCGUCCUCCAAAACAUGACCAGCCUAACCGCGCUCCUUAACACCACCACUAGCUUAACCUGGAGGCCAGCCACACCAAUGUGUCAGAGGAAACACUGUUCAACUGGGGAACAUGGGUCAGCCUGCGGGAACCUGGCCUUCCACAAGGAGUUGCUAGAGCGCGAUGAGCCAAGUAAAGCCCCAUCGUCCAAACCCUCCCCUUACCCGGAUGACGCUGGGCCAAUUGUGCGCCAUCAUAUGGGACUCCCGGACCAUGGCCGGUUGUGGCACACCUCGGGAAUGAACCCAGGUCUGUAGUAACACCUCCAGCACUGCAAUGCAGUGGCUUAGACCGCUGCACCACUUGGGAGGCCUAUAAAUGAAUCUCUAUGACACCAACAUACCCUCGGUCUGCAGCAUCCAUCCCCAUGAUAAACACCUAAUUCUCCCAACAACAAAAGCAGUUACCCAGAACAACCCUACCAGCGCAUAUCAUUAUGUCUGUCCUUCAGUAUGGUGGAUGCGAAUCGGGAGGGAACAAAAAAAAGAACUAAAUUAAUUCAAGAGAUGAAGAGAUCAAUAUCAGUUCUAUUGUGUUUGGAGGUGGAUGGAUGCACUCAGGUCACCUCGCCUCAUCAAAUGACACGAGGAGGACAAGUACCUGGGACCUCAGCUCUGCUGUGGCGCCAUGUUUUUGGGUGGUACUAUGGGACCAGGGGAACAGAGGCACAUCCAGGAAUGGCAGCGUGUGAUCUGUUAUAGGAAAAGUGCCUACACUAGACCACAUAGAUACAGACAUACUCACUGCUGGAGAGAAUCUCCUAUCUGCUUAUGUCCAAACAAGGCCCACACCUCAGGCUGGCUGUGUUAUGUACUGUAUCGGUAUGUUCACAAAGGCAAUGUUUCCCAGGGAAAGAUCUGAACAUGGGCUAGAGAGAUGAGGUGUCUGACUGAAAUACAGUGGGAAUCAUCCAGCUUUGGGGUGCUUUGGGUAUACAAUAGAGAGGAUCAUGUGGAGUCAAAUUUGACUUUCUAUCACUUCUUUUUUAUGAUCAUAUAAAGACUUUUGGAAGGAAUUCCCUUGGUUCUAGAAUGGAAUGGAUGUAUUCUACUGAGUACUAUACCUACCUACCGCUCAGUGGUCAUAUUAAAUAUGGCCAGUGUGCAGAACUGGACUGCAACCGAUUUUAUAUGAUAUCAUACAAGGUGGGAUAAAAAAGAUAGUAGUGUGGCAUUUUUUUAUGAGGGAGGUUAUUUGUUUGACGUUCAAGAGAGCAGUAGGAUCGGAGGAAAUCUUUUCUUUCACAAAUAAGGGAUAGCUGAUUCACUUUUGAGUUUCUCAUCGGUUUCACACCACAACAUAUACAAAAAAUCACAGCAGCUUAGUAGCCAAUAGGUGUCUGACAAAUGAAAGGAGAAUGUUGCUUUAUUACAACCACGUCUUUAUUUUUGAAGGCAUGUUAUAGAAGGGUCCAGACCUUUAUUUUUGAAGGCAUGUUAUAGAAGGGUCCAGACCUUUCUUGUUGUUGUUGCAAUUUCACUUGUUUUUGAGAAACAUACCCCAACCAGCGAGUCACAACCUCAUCCUCGUUGUGCAGUACGGGAGCUCUGAAAAAGCAUGAACAAAUGCUCCAAAAACACUCAAAUCCUUUUAGAAACAGAAAACCUUUAGUAUAGUGAUGCAGGUCUUUAGAUAUUGUACACGUGAAAUUGUGUCACAAUUUCAUGUGUACAACAUCUAAAGACCUGCAUCACUAUACUGAGAGGGUUCCUGUUUCAAAAAAAUAUUUUUGGAGCAUUUGUUCAUGUUUUUUCAGAGCCCCCGUACUGCACAUCAAGGAUGAGGAAAUGACUUGCUGGUUGGGGUAAGUUAACUCAAAUAAAAUAAAAAGUGAAAUUGCAAAAAUAAGUGUCUGGACCCUUGUAUAAUACUCCAAUUCAGUACAUAUAAAAUUGAGAUUUGGUUGUAAAAACACACACUAUUCUCCUUUAAGAUUUUACAAAAAUAAAAUAAUGUAGAAGCAAAUAUUCAGACUGACUGUAGCGAAUAUCAAUGUGUCCCUCUCUUUACAAUGCUAAAUCAUGCUUAAAAUGCUUUGGUAUGAGAUUAUUGUUGUGUGUGUGUGUGUGCGUGUGCGUGUGUUUGUGUGUGUGUGUGUGUGCGCGCAUGUUGGCGUGUGUGUGUUUGCUUGCUUCGUAUGUGUAUGCCUGUGAGAGUGAAUGAGGAGAGGAACAGACAACUGUAUGUAUUUUGUACAAUGUAAAUGUAAUUCUUUCUUACAUAUGACUGUGUAUAUAAUGGGAUCUGUAAAGGGGUAUGUGCAUUUUUUCCACACAUUAUGAUGAUAGCACUCCUAAUGUUCCACUGGGUUUCCAUAUGUUCAAUGUAUAAGAUGAUAAUCAUUGUAAGUUAACGAGAGCUGCGCAGUUCUCAUAAGGAAACACUAUUUAUAGUGAAGCUUGGAUCAUAAAGGGAUUUUCAGAAACAGAACUGAGCUAUAUUUUAUUAUUAUGCCCGCUCUUAAAAUGAAUGCUAAUUUAGCAGCAAUGCUUUCAGUUCCACUCAUAGAAAUGGUAUGAUUCUAUUCUAUCGUUCUAAUUCUAUAGUUCCGUUAUAUGCACGAGAGCUCUAUCUGUACAUAAGAGACAGCCUUCGAUCUGCAGAGCAUUAAUGACAUCUAAAGGUUAGUAUAAUGUAAAUGUAUAUUGUUGUAUAGCUAACACUGUUUAAAAAAAAAAAGCCUUAGUUGAAAAAAAUCAAUAAAAAGUGCAGCAGCUAUGUACUCACCAACCAUGGGGUUUGUAAGGGGAUAGAGUUUGUCAAUGUGACUGGUUGAUUACGGCCUGGACAACUUCUCCAGCUGUUUUGUAACUUUCUAUAGAUGUACAGUUUGUCCAGAUCCUAUGUAGUAUCUUAAUCCCCGUUUAUACCUGGUGCUAACAUACAUAACUUGUCCUGAUUGUGUCCACAUCCUGAUUGUGCCAACAUAUGCAGACAGGUAUAGAUGAUCAAAAGACACAUUAUGAUCUGAUUGUGAUUAGAUCUUACUGACCACCUCUGGAGGUAGUCAGGGACUCAUUCUGUCUGGCUAUCUCUGGACAGUGAAAUCAUAAUUAUAUUGCCUUCUAAAGAAAUUGACAUGUGUCUUAAAAUAAACAAAUAAAUAUUAUUUUGAAAGAAAUCCAUCAAAUAAUUUUCAUACAGUAAGGGACCAUGAAAUCUGGUCACAGUGCGGACACGGUGGAUGAAUAAGGCUGUCUGUCUAAACGCAGCCUUAUUCAUCCACCGUGAUACGGAUUUAGUUUUUUUACAAAAAAUGUUCACCAGGUAUAAAUAAGGUUCAGAGUAACAAAGACAGCCUGUCCUUUUAGAAGCACUCGUGCCAUUUUAAUACAAAAUAUCACCACAACAGUUUAAAAAACAAACAUUUUAAAUGAACAAGAACAAGACACAGAAAAUGGUGAGUAGUGUAUAGUAACAGUAUUACGAUAGUCCAUUGACUAGAUCAAAGUAAUUCAGCUGUUUUAGAGGAUUUACAGCAACCCCUCCACCCAGUGGUUUUCCUUUUCCCCACUUGCCUGACCCACAUUUUUGGGUUUGUGGUUGGCUCCCCCUAAAUGAUGACUCCCUUUGAUUGUCUUCCUCUGGCCCUGUAGUAAUAUUUGAUUGGGCAAGCUGGAUGUCACAUUGUGAAUCUUUGUCCCCUGAUUGGCUCGGUGCCCUUCUAUGCAACUGACCUGGUGGUACUAUUAGAUAUGUGAUGUAGACUGUAAUCACUGCCUUUUAGACACUGUGAAUUUUUUGGUACUCUAUAUUUUUGUAUAUUGUACAUUAUAAAGGAUAAUAAACCUUGAUGCCAACAUGG